AUGCGAGCCGUUGCUAUCGUCGCCGCCUGCCUCGCCGCCGCCGCCCAUGGCCUUAGCUCGCUGCCCAACUUUGACGGUCACUACAUCUACUGCUGGCGCACGAGCGAAUCGGUCAAGCUCACGAGCAUCAGCAGCGCCAUGAAGGAAGAGACAGCCGAGGCGCUCAACUGCGGCCUCGAGAUGAGCUUCAGCGCGCCCGAGACGCUCGCCGUCGGCGAAGGGUUGCCGGUGACGUGGUCCGUCUCGUACAACCCCAAGACGAUUCUGGCCAACACCAUUGGCUUGAAGGUGCCAUUUCCUGUCAUGCAGAGCCCGGCGUCGCGGGAUGUCUAUGAGAUUUACCACUCCAACAUCCACUCGUGCGAGUACGGCGACAACAUUUGCGAUGCGUACGACAAUGGCGUCUACGUCCGCGACCACACGCCCAACAAGCUGGCCAACUUUAGCGCCAACUACUCGGCCACGUAUUCGACAAACGAGCUCACGUUUCCGCGCGCCGGCAAGUUUAUCGUGUUUGCCCACAUUGCGCUGCCAGGUGCAAAUGCGUCCGAGCGCUUUGACUUUGCCGUCUACCGCACCAUCACUGUCGCUUGA